CAUGUGGGGUAAACUGGGUAUUGGGAUUUAUUCCCACUCAAGCUAUUUGCCACCCAGGUCAGGUCCCCUGGCCAUGUCAGAUCAUUCCCGAAUUACUAGACCACCCCCAUACCUCCCCUGCUUCCCCCACAGUCUCCCCUUUAGUUAAUCCUCCAGUAGUAACUCCAUCCCUCAAUAUCUCAGAAAGUCAUGCCCGUUCAGAGCCCCAAUCAGACCCAUAUUUACCCAAGACCUCGACCAUUAUGCAAUGGCCCAGACCCUCUUCCUCUGGUGAUUUGUUCUCUUAUUGCCUAUCCAAGUUAAUCUUCUCAUUACAUGGCCAUGUGUACGAACGGUAUGAGAACCUGACCAAGCUGAAAUUUACAUAGACACGUGGGACACUGACCAUAAUAUAGACCUCGUGUUAGUCCCAGGUACAUGUUGGCCCCUUACUGAUGAGGGCCCCGAAUGUUUUAUAGCUACUCAUGCCACCAGAACUAAUGUUACUGUUAACAGAAUAUGUUUAGCCACUGUAGGAUUUGUUUGUGCCCAGGACAUUCCCAUUACUGCAAAUCUUUCUUGUACAUUACUUCAAUAUACUCCUCCACAUUCAAUUAACACCACAUUAGCCAAAGAGGGCAUUCAGGUUCAAAGCCAACAAUUAUGGUAUGAGCCUAACAAAAAACCUCACUUAUCCGGAUUCAAGUGGACAGUUCUAAAUGCUACUUUGGGAACCGUCCAUUUCUCCCUACCCCUCACUCACUUUCAAAUUACUAGCACUUAUUCUAAUUGCUCUAAGGGUGCGGCUAUCCGCCUCAUGGAACAGCAAGCUCGACUACACUCUGCUGCAUGGUGCUAACACUGCAGCAUCAGCAUGGACUAUUUACAAAACACAGGAACAUGAGGGUCACUUGGGACAACUAGACCAGGCCACGGGAUUUAUCUCUGGGGCUCAGAUGACUGAGGAGAAGGCCGGUAUAGGCGCACUCCAUACUAUUUCGGCACUAAGUAUUGUUACCCAGGACCGGCUUAAGCAAAUGGUCCACCAGGUUGCUACGUCAGGAAAGGCAUUGCAGUGGGAUCAAGCGUGUUUAGAAGUCCAGGACUAUCUCAACACUAUCCUUUUUUCCUUACGCAAGGAUCUUGAACAGCAGCGUUGGCCCACUGCCCUUACCAAUACAUCUGGUAUACCCCUCGAUUUGUGGCCAUGGAGACAUACGUGGAAAUUCUCUAAAUGGAAGUGUUGGUGCUCACAGUGUUCCUUCCGGGCUUAUGGACCCGUGAAAGGAUUUUGGGCCCCCACUUUUCAUAUUCUUCCAGGCCCUUGGGGUGGUUGCUUGUGGGACUGGGUAAUUCAUCGAGACGUUUGGGAAAUUAAAACACCUGGCGGUCCUAACCGCUUCUUAAUCGGUGCCCCAGCUAUAACCCCUGACCUUUGGAUAGGUCUAGGUGAUCUCUGGACCUAUUGGCCUUUACAGCCCCCACAACUGCAAUGUUUUAGAAAACUACACCCCGGAGAGGUAGUAACUGUUCAUCACCGAGUAUGUUGGGAAGGUCCUGGUAAUCUACAGGACCUAGCUUCCCAUAUCCUAUUGUCUGCUAAUAGCAGUUGCGUUCAUGUCAAUUCCUCAAUCAUACACGAUGUGGCUUUUAACCUCCACACCAGCUCAGGUACUCACAACAUUUACUGGCCCGCAGAAAAGGAUUAUCAGGUUUAUUUGGAAUUUCAGGUUCCUUUUAAUUGGACCUCUGUUGUCCCCGACCGGUUCCAUUCAUUGUUUUCUCUCCUACCAGACAUUCAAUCUAUUUCACAAUUUCAAACUCAAAUUCACUAUCUAAAAACUGUUUACCAGAAAGCUGUAAACGCUCUCCAAACUGUUCAUUUAGUCUCUACCCUCUGUGUUAAAGGUGAUGUUCUAUGCCAAUUCACAAAAAGUUUCCAGUCACCCCAAAAACACUCUUGGUAUGUAUGGCUUCUUUUUGCCAUUGAUGCGGUUACCUUUGUAUGCCUUUGCUGUUGGUGUUGCUGUAAUUGCUUGUCACAUUGUACUUGUCCUAGUACAACUUCCCGUUCCUAUACCCCACCACAGUUAGUAUCCCUUAACCCAUUAAUGGAAUCGACUUUAGCCAAUGAGGAUCGCCUGCAUUAUGCCACGCUGAAUGCUUCCUUAAAAAAGCCACCUAUGCCAACAUUCCAAACUUAAAGAACCCUCAUCCGGAGAGCCUUAAUGGAUAUCCAAAGUGAGGAGUUUGAUGCCAUGUAAGACAAAGGCAUAAAAAAGGAGGGAAUUGAUAGGGAAAACCCCCCGACCCCACCUUACCCAAGGCCCCAGGCUUUUUUUCUGAAAAUAAAGUAAAAGUAGGCCCUUAGCUAGAAGCAAAAGUUUUAACUCCUGCUAAACUUGUUUUUCUGUACAAAGGGCACGCUGAGGCAAAAAGAUGUGGUCAGGGCCCCAAAAAGAGGAACUAGAAUUGAAUAAAGGAGAACCAGAAAAUCUGUUAAGUUAUAACAGCUUUUAGUUUAUUAUGGUUUAUUAAGUUGCUUGUGUGGGCGUAAAAUAUAACUCAUGAUC